UAUUGAUUUGAAAAAAUUCUGUAUGUAGGUAAAAAUAUAAGCACUCUCAAUUUCAUUUCAGGAGAGCCAGGGAGUUGUUACAAAGGAUUUAUUUAAUAAGUGCAUGGAAGAAGUCUGAUUUGAUGGAGAACUACUAUUCCACAAGGCUCUUCUGGACACAUUCCUAGACUUUGGAGAUACAGCAAGAAAGUCGAUUCUCACUCUUUUCUGCUAUUGAACAGAGAGCAUGAACAUGACCAUGUGAGAGUCAGCAGAGAGGACUGCCUUUCUCCAGACAGUUUGGAUAUCCGUGGAUCGGGUUGUUCAUUUAUAUAAUAGCAGAAUUAUGACUGACGCGAAGCUUCCGCCCUCAUUAUGUGCUGGAAGGAACUUUAGACAAAAUACUGUAUGUUCCAUCUAGAGGGUUUGUAAACAUUUCAAUGCCGGAAGCACAGACCUCUGGAAGCAAAAAUACGUACCAUCCAGGGCAUGGGAAACCUGCACAACCAAGGAGAUGAUGGUGAAAAAGGAGAUCCAGGAGAGGAGGGAAAGCUUGGCAAAGUGGGACGCAUGGGGCCAAAAGGAGUUAAGGGAGAACUGGGUGAUGCAGGAGAUCAAGGCAAUAUUGGCAAGACUGGGCCCAUUGGCAAAAAGGGUGACAAAGGGGAAAAGGGUUUGCCUGGAAUACCUGGGGGAAAAGGCAAAGCAGGUACUGUCUGUGAUUGUGGAAGAUACCGAAAAGUUGUUGGACAGCUAGACAUCAGUGUGGCUCGCCUUAAGGCUUCGAUGAAGUUUGUCAAGAACGUCAUAGCAGGGAUUAGGGAAACCGAAGAGAAGUUCUACUACAUCGUGCAGGAGGAGAAGAACUACAGGGAAUCCCUGACCCACUGCCGCAUCCGGGGUGGCAUGCUAGCCAUGCCCAAGGACGAAGCUGCCAACAUGCUGCUGGCUGACUACGUCGCCAAGAGUGGCUUCUUCCGGGUGUUCAUCGGGGUGAACGACCUUGAGAGGGAGGGUCAGUAUGUGUUCACUGACAACACUCCCCUGCGGAACUACAGCAACUGGAAGGAGGGUGAGCCCAGCGACCCCUAUGGCCACGAGGACUGUGUGGAGAUGCUGAGCUCAGGCAGAUGGAAUGACACCGAGUGCCAUCUUACCAUGUACUUUGUCUGUGAAUUCAUCAAGAAGAAAAAGUAACUUCCCUCUCCCUACGCAUUCAUCAUUUCCCUGUGACUACCGUCGCUGUUAUUUUUAUCCAUCCUUUUGUAAUUGCACUAGAUUCAUUCUGACUCCAGGCAAGUGAGAAAUGCUAGACUAAACUUUGGGAUCUUCAUCGCCAUGCUUAUCCAUGAUGAUUUUGAUCAUUUUCAUACAUGGUAUGUUAUUGAUUCAGUAGCUCACCAGGUUACAGGUCCCAAGAGAGAACUUGAAUCACUCGUUGUAUAGGAGAUGGUUGUCUAUUUCUCAAAUGGAAUGCUAAGAGACAUUUGCUCUGUUGACUCUCUCUAAGACCCUAAACCACUGUCUAUAUGGCCUAGUGGAUGAUGAAUUGGACAGUGGGUUGAAGAUGACUAGGCUCAAAGCCAGAUAUAUGAGAAGGCUUCUACUAGUAAUGUCAAGGUACUGUCUGUCUUUGAACCCAAGGUCCCCAGUUCUUUGACCAGUCACCCACCAUGGCCAUAGCCACACUUGUAAGGUCCUCUGUUUGCACAGACAUAGAAAUACUUUAACCUUAAAUCUCUAUAUGAGGACCUUCUGGCUUAGUGACCUAGUUUAGGCCAUAUGGAAUCAUGUAGUUAAAAUUUAUGCUUCUGAUUGACAGCCUUCACUGAAAUAUACCAAACAUGGGCCACCUUUCUGUACACCCACAACUUAAUCCCAGGCCUUCAGAUACUAACCCUCUGAUCUGAGGAAAAGGGAACUCCAGAAAUUAAAAAGAUAAAAAGAGAAACAAAUAUUGUAUAUUAAUGCAUGUAUGUGGAAUCUAGAAAAAUGGUACAGAUGAAUCUAUUUGCAGGGCAGGAAUAGAGAUGCAGAUGUGGUGACCAGUCAUGUGGAAAUGGGGAAGAGGGAGUGAGGAUGAAUUGGGGGGUGUGGAUUGAUGUAUUUGUACUGCCAUGUGUAAAACAUAUAGCUAGCGGGAAGCAGCUGCAUAGCACAGGGAGCUCGCUGGCACUCUACGGUGACCUGGAAAGGUAGGAUGGGGGAGAGGGAAGGGGUUCCAAAAGGUAGGGGAUAUAUGUACACGUAUACCUGAUGUACUUGGUGGCAUAGCAGAAACUAACACAGCAUUGCAAAGCAACUAUGCAGCCCUGCCCAAAAAAGGACCCUCCCAAAAGAGAAAAGCUUAGUUCCCAAACAAUAUUAUUUAUAAUCUUGUGCGAAGAUGACCCCCUUCUAUUAAUAUGUCUCCAUUUUUUCCCUCAUCUUAGGUUUAUCCAUAGCAACUUUCCUUCUCUUGGGCAUGGAGAAUGAGGGAAAGAGUUUGUGAAGCCUUCAGAGAACUCUGGAACCUUCACAGGGCUAACAGCUUGUCUCUAAUGUCUUUGUCUGCCUCUAAUAUAUCACUCAUGGUGACAUUUCAUGGCAGGUGUUUUAUUCUGUGUAACUGUAUGUUGUAAAAACCCCACAUCAGUGGUGCUUUCCUAUGAUAUCACAAGAUGUCAUUUCCUAUGAUGUCAUUUCCUAUGACAUUUUUCCUAUGACAUCACAACAAUGUGUCAAGUAUGGCAUUUGGAACAUGCCUAAGACUCACCUAUAUUAUAAUACUAAGCUGUUAAAAUUCUACUUUGAACUGCAGAUGAAACCUCAAAGCAGCUGUCAUUUGAAAUUUAAAAAUAAAAGUUCAGCCAAACCCUAGAUUAUCCCCUUGUAAACUGCUGCUCCAGUUAUAGUUUGUGACAUAUAAUUAGACGGUUUAAAAUGCUGGCAAAACAGUUAAUGAAGUAAGAGAAACAGAUCAACAACAUAUGUUCACCUUAAACCAUCUGUUCAUGAUUUCAUCCAUGACUAACUGGUUAUGAGAAUGGAUUUAAUUAGGUUAUUUCUGUGAAUGUUUCAAGGGUCACAAACUCAGGUCCUACAGGGGCCACACAGAUGACAUAAAUAAAUGAAGUGGUAUAGGUGGGGACCCUGGUACACUGAACACAGAUUGCCCUCCUAAAGAAACCAGCUGCUUCUCAGUCAUUGCUAUUUUUGCCAUGAAGUACCAAGUGCCACUAUAUGGUCUGAUAUUUAAGAGAAGUCAGAAAGCUGGAAAUUUUUGAGAUAGUUUUCUAUUUUUAAAAGUUGGUGACUCGUGAUUCUUAAUCUAAAUUCUAAGCCAUAUAAAAGAGUCUGCUAGCCAAAACUGUGACCUCUCCACUUCUCACCUCUAAAGAAAAGUUCUGAAGGUUCUAACUAUAUAGUAGGUCAUUAGGACACAGUGAUGUCAAAGUCAAGGUCUCCCAUUUAUACCACAUUCAAUUCAGCUCCAAAGUCAAGGCCAGCCAUUUAUACCACAUUCAAUUAAGCUCAAUAACAAGAAUUUGGUCAAUGUUUAUCAUUCAUCAAGUUAAUAAACUAGUUAUGGAUUCAUAUUUUUGAGAAUAUGGCAUAUUUUGAAAGCAGAGCAAUUAAAUCAGAAUUACAAAGCAAGACAUCAGAUCAAAGUCGGAUCCCUGGGUAGAAUGCCAGCCAAGAGCUCAAGGAACAAGAGUCUAGAAAUACUUUGAGUGGGUUGCCAUGUCCUCCACCAAGGUAUCUUCCUGACCCAGGGGUUGAACCUGGGUCUCCUGUAUUGCAGGCAGACUCUUUACCGAAUGAUCCACCAGGGAUCACUCACAGGAUGAGAAAGUAGAGAGGGAACAGACACUAAACAUUGCCCACAGGCAGCUCACAUUGGGACCCAUAUUCUGAGUUGUUCUAAGCUCCCCUAUGUGUGAAUAUUAAUUAUGUGCACUGUCAAUGCUAUUCUUAUUUCUCUUAUGAUCUUUGUAAUAAUAACAACAUUUCUCUUAAUGACUCAUCUUUGCUGCCAAUGCUUCCAAGAGAAGAUGACAGAGUUUCAGUGAAUAGGAUUUAUCCUGCAAUCUUGCCUGGGGGUCAUUUCGAAGACACCACACACUUGAUUAGAUUUGCAGUGAAACUUACUUUGUGCUUACAAAAUAAAUGCCCUCACAUAUUUAUUUUCCCUGUAAUCCUGAUAAACUCUAAGUAUGAAGGGCAGACAUUUUUAAUGCCAUCUUCCCAAAGAGAAUACUGAGGUCCAGGGAAGCUAAACAAUUUACCAAAAUCAAUUUGUGAGAAAAGCAGAACUCCAGCCUGCUGAUUGAAGCUGUCAAUCCAGUGUUCUCUCCUGAUUUUACUCUUAUUUUGAAUGGAAUUUCAUCCGUGAUUCUCUUGUGAUAACAGAGGCUCAGAUAAUCUCUCUUGAUUAUUUUUCCAAAGUUAAAGAUUAGGGCUAAUUAACAGAGAUGCUAGGAAUUUAGAAAUGUGUGUCACAAAUAUGGUACUCGCAGGUUUCUCUUUAAAUCUGAGAAUGCCUACAUGUCAUUAAUGUUGAGGAGGUGGCAGUGCAGCAUCACUAUAGUUUUGCAGAUAACUUACAGGGCUAACUAUAGGGAAAACAAAACAAAUAUCUUAAAGACAUGAUGCAAAUGAACUUAUUUAGAAAAUAGAAACAGACUCACAGGCUUAGAGAAUGAACUUAUGAUUGCCAGGGUAGGGGAAACGUAGGGGGAGGGACAGUUAGGGAGCUUGGGGUGGACAGAUACACAGUGCUCCGUUUAAAAUGGAUAACCAACAAGGACCUACUUACUGUAUAGUAAAGGGAACUCUGCUCAAGUUAUGCAGCACCCUGAAUGAGAGGAGCUUGGGGGAGAAUGGAUACAUGUGUAUGUAUGGCUGAGUCCCUUUGCUGCCCACCUGAACUGUCACGACGUUGUUAAUUGUCUACACUCCAAUAUAAAACAGAAAGUUUAAAAAUAUAAAAUGAGCAAGUAAUUAUUUGUCCCACAAAAUAAUUCAGGAGAGGAUUUCCUUAAAUAGCAUUUAAAAUAAAUUUCAUUCUCAAAA